AUGGGGGUGUUCGACACGGUGCUCACCACAGCCGGAGAAUUCGGUCCUUACCAAAGGCGCUUGUACUUUGUGCUGUGUCUGUUGUGUGUGACGGUCGGUGUGAGUGCUGUAGUGGUCAUCAUGGUGGUAGCUGAGCCCUCGCAUAGGUGCGCCCUUCCGUCCUAUGAGAACGACACAUAUAAAAUCCAGGAUGCGGAUCAUGAGGGGAUCGUCAACCUGACCAUUCCGACGAGGCUGAUCCGAGGGGUCAAAGUGUACGACCAGUGUAAGAUCUAUACAUGGCCACCGGAAAAUGAGACCAGGGGCAUGCGCAGUGGUGAUCCACGCAGAGAAAGCUGUAAGAGCUGGGUGUAUGAUAAAACUCAUUUUGAGUCAACAGCAGUUUCCAAGCUGGACAUGGUGUGUGAGAGAAGCUCGCUCCGGUCUCAUGUCAAGAUGGCCUUCAUGCUGGGAAAAGCUAUCGGAGUUGUCGUGCUCAGCAUCUUUUCAGAUUUGUUCGGCAGGAAGAAGCUGAUAAUCCUCUCCCUUGCCUUGUCUGUUGUCAGUGGUUUUAUCUGCGCCUGGGUCAAUGAGACGAUCCCUCUCUGCUUCGCUUUGGCCUUUCUCGGGGCUUCCAACGCAGGCGUCUACAAUUCCAUUUUUGUCAUCGGAAUGGAGGUGACAGGACCCAGUAAACGAUAUUACGCCGGCACGGUGCUGGAUUUCUUCUUCGCCCUGGGUGAAUGCUCUGUAGCUGGGGUCGGGUACCUGCUCCGUGACCGUAACCUCACCAUCACCGUUCUUAUAAUUCCCAAUGCUUUACUUCUUCCCUGCCUCUGGCUGGUGCCCGAAUCACCACGAUGGCUUCUACAAAAUGGGCGGAAGAAAGAGGCCUUAAAGACUGUACAGCGUCUGGCCAAGGUGAACGGAAAGGCGCUUGAAGAUAAGACUGUUGACAUGCUAGAAGAAGAAAAAGAACCAAAGGAGAGCAUUCUGGCCGUUUUUAAGUCUUGGCGGGUUACCUGGCGAUUUGCUUUCAUCUUCAUCAACUGGUUUGCCGUCAGCCUGAUGUUUUACGGUCUAUCCCUUCACAGUAUGGACACGCUGGGAAAUCCCUAUCUUAAUCUCUUCCUCUUCUCCCUCAUGGAAUUCCCAGCUUACGUCUUAGACAUGAUUCUCCUCAAAUUUGUGGGACGCAGAAUCGUCAUGUGUCUGGCCAUGUGCUUUGGUGGAUUUGCUUGUAUAUCAACCAUUUUCCCACUGCUUUAUGGUGGUCAAGAGACUGCAACACCUGUUCUGGCAUUGGAACUGGUUGGUAAGUUCGGAGCUGCCAUGGCGUUUACCACACUCUAUACGUUUACUUCUGAACUAGUACCAACGACUAUUCGAAGUCGUGGCAUUGGGGCCAGUGCGACCUUCGCAAGGAUCGGAGGAGUUGUGGCCCCUUACAUUGCUCACCUGGAGGGCUAUACGGACGGUCCCAUAGGGGUCGCUUUACCGAUGAUAUUCUAUGGAGGAUUGUCUAUAUUUGCUGGGUUACUCAAUAUCUUCCUACCGGAGACUAAGGGAAAACCGAUGCCGGAAACAGUAGAAGAUCUCAAAACUGGCCUUAGAUCGAAUCCCCAAGAGAGGGCGACAAACGUCGAAGUUCAGAUGUCCCCGCUCAUUUGAUCACCAGCAUCGUCAUCUUCCUGAGUGUAGAGCAUGUGUCAUCGUCAACACUGCGCAAUACCUUAACAAUCUGACCUACCACACUGGUGAAAAUAAAGCUGAGCAUAUGAUUCUCCGUCAAAGUGUUUCAUUCAACAGGUGAGUCGGAUGUUAUCUUCAACCAAGUACAUUUGACUCAUAAGGUAACAUUAUGCGUUGCUGGAAACCGUUCAGCAUAUUGUAACAUAAACUCUCACAUAUUCUUUUAGACAAAACAAAGAAGUAAGGUUCUCUACCCCUCUUUUCAUCCCUUUCUUUACCCUAAUUUUCUUUAUAAACGGAAAGAAAACAUAAAAAUGUUGGGUAUUUCAUUUUAAUUUUGCUCUGAAUUAAAUGCAGUCAUACAUUUCCGCUGGGAGAUGAGCUUGGUAUGGACCACAUUAUAUCGUCGUCAUUGGCGCUACAUAACGAUUUGUACAACUUUUUGCUCAGGUCUGAACAACAUUCUUGUGAACUUAACCGAUGUAAUGAUGCGAAUCUGUUUUAGGGCCACAGAAACGUCGAUGUAACGUCGUUGUCUGCCUACAGUGUCAUUUUUGUUCGUAAAGCCCACAUUACAAUCCAAACAUUUGACGGCAUUUAAUUCAGUCUAAACAGACUAGGUUAUUACGAAUUAAUAUUCGAAUGCGAGUUAGGCUUGUCCUAAGAAGGCUAUACGAUUCGGUAACACGCACAGUGAGGAAACCUCCACAAAAAGUAUGUAUUGGUGCAGAAUGAAACAUUCAGUGCAAAGUAGUAUUAAAGUAAAAAUUGAGAAUACCAUAGAUUUACA